AUGGCCGAAAGUAAAAGCCAAAUUACACGUCCUACUUUUUUCGAGGAGGAAGACGUAAGAAUAGACGACGUUCUAUCUACAAACACGAAAAGAAACAAAAGAAAGAAAAAGAAGCCCACAACAACAAAUACUAUAAUAGCACAACUAACCCAAGAGUUUCAAGAAACUACAAGUCCCAUAGACGAAAAUGACAAUGUCACACACAGUAGGGGCAGCGAACCCAUACAGAACAGUGCAGAAUCGUCCCUAACGACCCAAACCUCACUGGGCUAUGCAGAGCUGUCUCCUAAAACCAAAACUGGUACAACGCCUGUCACCCACGAACAAUACAUAGAUGCUGAUUUUUCGAACGCGAUCGACUAUAUAAAACCUCUCUUUAAAUCAAUACGCAGCCAAACAGAAUACCUUAGCAGGACGUGUCCUCAAGUAAGAAGGGCAAGAGACGAACUCAUGACUCUCGAGGUAAUACCGGAUCCUGCUUCCAUAGCCCGUACACUCUUGACGCUCGCAAGAACAGUGUCCGAUUGUACAAAGGCAAUCGAUACACUCAUCACCAACACUGUGCAAAAUGACAUGUGCGAAUUUGGAAAUAAUAGCGACAUGCAUACCAACGCACCAAUUGUAACACAGAAUCAAGAAUCCUCCUCAAAUCAUACCGACACUACCAGAUGUGGUAAAUUCGAUAUCGCCUAUGAAAAGAACGCGAAAGUCCAAUCGAUUGACUCGACUGACGAAGCGAUAAACAUUACCAAUGAUAUUCACAUCAGCCGCGAAACAACAGAUGCAUGCGUCGAUGAAAUUGAAUCAUGUUCAAGAAAUGCAGAAGAAAGCAACGUUUACCAAUGCAAAGAAGAUUCAAUUUCUACCCAAAUAAUGGAUAUCUCGGAUACCUCAACAUUCAAAUCUCAAGAUAGACUUGCAUUACCGCAGAGCAUGUUCGAUAACCACGAUGGAUGCGCUGAUCGACAAAUGUUCCCUGGAUGUGCGCAGGCCGGAAAGCGAGGACUGCCGGCAGGAUGCCUGUUUGUUGCAAGUUUGGAUGCAACAAAAUCUGAAGACCAUCUUCAACAGGCUGUAUCUAGACAUUUCACGCAGUGGGGCAGAGUUCUUCACGUUAAAGUUCUUAGAGACUGGGCAGACCGUCCUUAUGCAUUCGUUCAAUUCGAGGACAUUAACGACGCAGAAGUUGCGUUGAAAGAAGCUCAUAAUUCAUGGAUUAACGGUCGACAGAUUAGAGUAGAAAAGGCCCGGGUGAACAGAACCCUCUUCGUGGCUAAAUUGAACCCUGAUCACGUUGAAGAAGAAAUCAGAAGCAUACUUGAGCAAUUUGGUCCCCUCGAGGAGAUCAGCAUUCCGAAGAAUUUCAAUACUGGUCGUAACAAGGGCUGUGGGUUCGUUAAGUUCUGUUACAGAGACGAUGCAAUUGUCGCAUUCAACUCUCUUCGUCAGACCACUACUUAUUUUCUUGAGUGGGCUGAGAAUCUUGAUAAACCUCCGUUUGAAACAAAUGAAGAAGACACGCACUCUCUAUACGUCGGAAAUCUAAACGAGAAUCUCAUAACAAAAGAAUUAUUGCACGAUAGAUUUGAACCUUAUGGAAAAAUCGAAGAUAUUCAUUUGGUCAAUCGUGGUAGAGAUUAUGGCAAACCCGCAUAUGCCUUCAUUCGAUUUAGUGAAGCGCUUUCGGCCGAGGCAGCCAUAGUCCAAGAGAAUAACGUGGAGUACUUGGAGCGUCAGAUAAAGGUCCGGCGGCGUCUCACACAAGAAUAUCGCAACUUCCAGUUCGAACUUAACCGUCAACAUAACGAAAUUCGCCGGCGAUCGGCUGGACAUCAUAAGAAUACUAAUUUCCUGGGAAACAAUCAAACAGUUUCUCACAUCUACGCAAAUACUGCUCAAUAUAAUCAAGGAUCUGGUAGCAUACCACCGACAACUUUUUAUCCACCUGUACAAAUUAUUCCUCCUAAUCAUAGUGGAUUGUCACCCGUUUCGGUAACUUCGCCAGGAAGCUUUAGUGAGAGAAGGAGCAUACCAAUACAAAGACCAGAUUUUCACAUGUUUCCACCCAUGCCGUUUGUACAGACAAUGGAUGGGCAAUUAUAUCCCUUUGUGCCUUAUUAUCAUGAAUCGGCGGGCACCUUUGCCAUGUAA